UAUGAAUUCAAAGAAAAAUACUUAGAAUGAUUACAAUUUAUCAAUAGAAUCCAACAUUUAAGUAGUAAUGAGAAUAAUUUUAGAUUAAUAUUGAUAGUGUUGAAUGUGAUGCAUUUUCGAAAACUGACUAUAUAUAUAUUGCACAAAGAUUUGAAAUUUUUACAGCUUCAUCUUAAUGCGAGAAUCAAAAUUUUUACUUUAUUUAUGCUAUGGAUAACUUCAACACAGAAUUUGAAUAGAAAAAAUCUCGGCCACACUUUAAAGUAAACUCAGAGACAGAAUGUUAUGAACGAAUAUCAUUACCAAGCUCUUGUAGAUCAUUCAAUAUGGAAGUUAAACAAAAUCUAAGUUCAACUAACCAAAAACUAAUUUUUACAAUCAACAGAGAUUAUAAGUGCACUUGGCUAUGUUUGAACAGGUACUGUAUUUUGAUAAUAUAAGACCAUAUGUCAAAACAGUAGGAUCAUAAGGAAAUGAAUUAGGUUAUGUUAGAUUCCCUUUAUUUUCAAUAUUAAAAACAGUUGAAAUAUUUGAUGCAAAUAAUAAUUUGUUAUUUUAUAUAAAAGGUAUUUGGAAUUAAUUCUAAACUUAUUGUUAUCUGCCCUGUGGUUUUUGUUAAACAAUAUCUUUUGACAUCCUUAAUAAAUUCAAUAAAGUAAUAAAUAUUAUAUUUAGAAAAUAGCUGAAAUAAAGAAGAUCAGUCAAAAAAAGGGAUGCUGUUAUGAAUGUAUGUUAAAUGUAGAAUCAGAAUAUGUAGUCCAAUUUCCUAAAUUAUCUUCUUUUGAAGAAAAAGCUCUUUUACUUACUGGGAUCUUUUUUUUGGACUAAAGUUUUUAUGAAGAAAAAUAUAGUGAUAUGUGUUGUUUAUGUAUGUAAAGAUGUUGUUGUUCUUAAUGUAUUGAAUGA